CAGUUGAGAGGGUUUAGGUGAGAUCGGAAUCAGGAAGAACAAAAAACAAAGAAAAAUUUCAAUUAUUCAUUCCUCGAUUGAAUCAUCAUAACAAAAACUAGGGUUUGAAGCACCGAAAAAUCACUACUACAACAACAAUGGAUGUGAUAAAAACGCAACAAAUUUCAUGGAGAGCCAUAGAAAAAGUCGUAGUUCACCCUCUAGUCUUGCUCAGCAUAGUCGAUAACUACAACAGAGUCGCCAAAGAUACUCGCAAACGCGUCGUCGGCGUCUUGCUCGGUUCCUCUUUCAAAGGCACCGUUGAUAUCACCAACAGCUACGCCGUGCCUUUUGAAGAAGAUGAUAAGGAUCCUAGCAUUUGGUUUCUCGAUCAUAAUUAUCAUGAAUCAAUGUUCUCCAUGUUUAAGAGAAUCAAUGCUAAGGAGCAUGUUGUAGGGUGGUAUAGUACUGGACCGAAAUUGCGAGAAAAUGACCUUGACAUUCAUGGUUUAUUCAACGACUAUGUUCCAAAUCCUGUUUUGGUUAUUAUUGAUGUUGAACCUAAGGAGCUGGGAAUUCCUACUAAAGCUUACUAUGCUGUUGAAGAGGUUAAAGAGAAUGCCACUCAGAAAAGCCAAAAGGUCUUUGUGCAUGUGCAAUCAGAAAUUGCUGCUCAUGAAGUUGAGGAAAUAGGAGUUGAGCACUUGCUUAGAGAUGUGAAGGAUACAACCAUUAGCACUCUUGCAACUGAGGUAAGUGCAAAGCUCACAGCCUUGAAGGGUUUGGAUGCAAGACUCAAAGAGAUAAGAAGUUACCUUGACCUUGUCAUUGAUGGAAAGCUUCCCUUAAACCAUGAGAUCCUGUACCAUUUGCAGGACGUAUUCAACCUGCUGCCAAAUCUCAAUGUCACUGAUUUGAUCAAGGCUUUUGCAGUGAAAACAAAUGAUAUGAUGCUAGUAAUAUACCUAUCGUCUCUCAUCAGAAGUGUGAUUGCACUCCACAACUUGAUUAACAACAAGAUGCUCAACAAAGAACAUGAAAGGGAAGAAGACUCCAAAUCAGAGCCUGUACCAAGUACCGCAGGAAGUUGAGAUUUGAGAGGAUUGUGAGACUUGGAGUUCGAAAGGCACAGUUGUUUAAUACAAUCAAUACUUGGACCUAGACAUCGCCUUUUUGGUAUCUCUCGAGUGUUCCUGCAUGGGUUAAUGAAAUACAUGUAAUAUGGCAAAUGAUCUUUUAACCCUAGGGAUGUGUUAUUGUUUCCGCCUGUGGUUUAUUUACGAUGUAUUUUAAUUCUAUUGCUCUUUUGUCUUUGAUUAUCUGGUAGCUUCACUCAACUGUUAAAGGGAAAUUUCUAAUUUUACUAUUUUCACAAAUGUAUCACAUCAAAGUUGAUGUUUAUUUCCA